AUGGACUCACUUGUGCUGGUCGAUCUUAUCCUUGGAAUACUAUUCCUGUAUAUUGUGAAGACACUUUUAAUUCCCAAGGCAUCUGCACCUCUUCCUCCUGGACCGAAGCCAAAGCCUCUAAUCGGUAAUCUCCUGGAUUUACCCCCUACAGGAGUACAGGAGUGGGCGUACUGGGGGAAGCAUAAGGAACUUUAUGGCCCCACUAGUUCAGUCACGGUCUUCGGGAAAACUCUAAUCAUCAUCAACGACCAUCGUAUUGCAUUUGAACUUAUGGAAAAACGCUCGGCCGUGUAUUCCUCACGCCCUCGGAUGGUCUUUGCGGGGGAGAUGAUUGGCUGGGAGAAUGCGUUAUCAAGUCUGACAUACUCCUCAGAUCGACUUCGUGCUUAUCGAAAGAACAUCCGUUCCUUUCUGGGCACGAAGCAAUCUCUGACUCGCUUCGGCGAUCUUCAAGAUAUGGAGGCCCGGCGCUUUCUACUGCGCGUGCUUGAUGAACCGGCUAAACUCAUUCAACAUAUCCGGACUGAAGCCGGUGCAAUCAUUCUAAAAAUUGCACAUGGUUACACUAUCGAACCUCAUGGCCGAGACCCACUCGUCGAUAUUGCCGACGAAACUAUGAUGCAGUUUUCACUUGCGACAGUGCCUGGAGUUUGGCUCGUCGACGUUCUACCACUCUUGAAGCGCGUUCCUGAGUGGAUGCCAGGCAUGGGAUUCAAACGUACGGCUGCCCGUUGGAAGAAGACGCUCACAGGAUUCACCGAGAUACCUUAUGCAUUUGUGAAGCAGCAGAUGGCUGCUGGUGUCGCUGCUCCCUCGUACAUCUCUGUAUCACUGGAAAAGGGAAACCGCAGCCCCGAUGAAGAGUCCAUUAUAAAAUGGUCUGCUGCUUCACUAUAUGCGGCUGGCUCUGACACGACCGUAAAUUCGCUCGCAUGCUUCUUCCUUGCAAUGACGAUAUACCCGGAGGUGCAACGGAAGGCGCAGGAAGAGAUUGACCAAGUGAUUGGCGAUGUCCGCCUUCCAAACUUCGAGGACCGCAAUAACCUCCCUUACAUUAAUGCGAUUGUCAAGGAAGUCAUUCGCUGGCAUCCUGUUACGCCAAUAGGUAUCCCCCACAUGGUUUCGGAGGAUGACACCUACGAAGGUUAUCACAUCCCAAAAGGUUCUGUAAUUAUUCCAAACAUCUGGGAGUUUACGCACGAUCAGACAACGUAUCACGACCCGAUGAUCUUCAAACCUGAACGUUUCCUCAGUGUCGACGACCGCGAACCGGAGAUGGACCCUCACCAACUUGCCUUUGGUUUUGGUCGCCGGAUCUGCCCUGGUCGCGAGCUGGCUGAUGCGUCCUUGUACCUGACAAUUGCGCAGAGCCUGUCGGUGUUUAAUAUUUCAAAGGUUGUCGAGAACGGCAAGGAGGUUGAGCCAGUUGUCGCUUUCACUCCUGGUAUUGUCAGUCAUCCCCUGGAGUACAGAACGUCUGUGAAACCGCGCAGUGCAAAAGCUGAGGCGCUUAUCCGCACUGUUGAGGAGGAGCAUCCUUUCCGGUCGGGCGAUGCAAAGGUACUUGCCAGUAUCAAAGUGUAACUUCCAUCUUGGGCACUCUAUUGGCCAAUAGCUCCUUGCGCACAUGAUAGGUUCAGUAGUCCCAUUUGAUCCGUCACGUCCGUUUCAAUAGUGUUCAUUCGCAUAAUGAGUACCUGGCAUAGAUAUGUUUUUUUCAGUUCCUCAUCCUUAAC